AUGAUCAGUUUUAGUAAAAUUCCAGCAAGACGAGUGAUUAGAUGGAAGGAUCGCGUGAAUUAUCACUCUGGACUGGGGGUGUUCGGGCAUCGACCGCGUGAGGUGAAUGAAAGUGAAAUUCCUCAGGAAGUGCUGAACAAGAGAAACGAAAACUGUCGCGUGCAUCGGCUAGUAGAAGCGUAUCGGACUUACGGUCACCUGCGAGCGCGUAUUGAUAAUGUCGAUUAUAAACACGAUAACAGAAUCGUCAAAGAGCUCGAGAUUUCGAAAUACGGUCUAUCCAAUACAGAUACUGUGGAUUCGGGUUUAUUAUAUGGCUACAGUGGGAAACAGUCCGCUAGGAACUUGGUCAAACAAUUGGAGGAAAUUUAUUGUGGACCCAUCUCUUACGAGUUCUCAUACUUGGAGACAGAAACAGAAAGGGAGUGGUUUACACAACGCAUUGAAAGUGGUUCGGACAUAAUAGACAAAGCUCGUCAAAUAGAAAUCCUGACCGAACUAUUGAAUUCGCAAUCAUGGGACAAGUUCCUCUCAGUCAAGUACCCUACUGUGAAGAGAUACUGCGGCGAAGGCGGGGAAUCCCUGCUUACAUUCAUAUCUACGCUUUUUGGACUUACUACUUCCGAAAACCUAAAGCACGUAGUAAUAGCGAUGGCUCACCGCGGCAAGCUGAACGCUCUGAGUGGGCUCUUGAAUUGUCCUCCGGUGAAAAUCUUUCACAAAUUCAACGGCAAUCCUGAAUUCCCCGAAGAGGCGAAUGCUGUUUGCGACAUAUCAACACAUUUGAGUGUAUCCACUGACAUCACCAUGAACGGUCACACUGUCCAAUUUUCACUCAUAAAUAAUCCAUCUCACCUAGAGGCUGCGAAUCCAGUGUCUAUGGGGAAAACUAGGUCAAAACAGCUCUCGUUGAAGGAAGGCGACUACUCGUCAGACGGGAGCUCGAAGUUUGGUGACAAAGUGUUAAAUGUUCAGAUCCACGGCGACGCGGCGUUCACUGGGCAGGGAGUGAACCAGGAAACUUUGAUGCUAUCGCAAGUCCCGCACUUUGAAGUUGGAGGAUCUUUACACGUAGUUGUUAACAAUCAAGUAGGUUUCACGCUGCCGGCGCAUCGCGGGCGCUCCAGCAAAUACGUAACGGACCUCGCGAAGGCUAUAUCGGUCCCCGUCAUACAUGUCAACGGUGAUUAUCCCGAGUUAGUAGUAAAAGCAACAAACAUAGCGUUCGAAUACCAGAGGAAGUUCCGCAAGGACGUGUUCAUAGAUUACAACUGCUACCGGCGAUGGGGACAUAACGAACUGGACGACCCCACUUUCACUAACCCCUUGUUAUAUAAAGUCAUAUAUGGCAGAAAAUCUAUCCCCGACUUGUAUGCGGAGAAACUUAUUUCAGAUUCCGUAGUGAGUGAAUCUGACGUGAGCAAUAUAAACUCGAGCUAUACGAAAUACUUGCAACAGCAGUACGAAUUUGCCAACUCCUACAAGCCGGAGGCCUCGUACUUCCAAAAGCAAUGGUCGCGCAUGUCGCCGGCGCCGGCGGCCGUGGAGGUGUGGGACACCGGCGUCGACGCGCAGCUGUUGCAGGCGGUGGGCAGAGCGUCUGUUACUGCACCUGAGAGUUUUAACAUACAUCCUCAUCUAGCAAAAACCCAUGUCAAAGGCCGUCUCAACAAACUAGCAGAAGGGAACGGCAUUGACUGGGCAACUGCAGAAGCUUUCGCUUUCGGUUCUCUACUAAUGGAGGGACGACAUGUUCGUCUCAGUGGAGAGGACGUGGGUCGCGGUACGUUCUCCCACAGACAUGUGAUGCUCGUAGAUCAAGAAAAAGAAGAUAUUUAUAUACCUCUCAAUCAUAUACAUAAAGAUCAGAAAGGAUUCUUAGAAGUAGCUAAUUCAAUAUUAUCAGAAGAAGCAGUAUUAGGUUUUGAAUACGGCAUGGCGUUUGACAAUCCUGACAAUCUGAUCGUUUGGGAGGCGCAGUUUGGGGACUUCUAUAAUGGAGCUCAGAUUAUCGUCGACACUUUUAUUGCUUCAGGAGAAGUGAAAUGGGUUCGAAGCAACGGUCUAGUCAUGUUACUGCCUCACGGGUACGACGGCGCCGCGUCAGAACACUCCUCCUGUAGGAUAGAAAGGUUCUUACAGUUGACCGAUAGUUCGGAAACUAGACCCGACUCGGAAGCGGUCAACUUGCACGUGGUAAACCCCACGACACCUGCUCAAUACUUCCAUUUGUUGAGACGACAGAUUGUACGAAAUUAUAGAAGACCGUUAGUAGUUGCUUCUCCGAAAAUACUGUUGCGGAUGGCCGACGCAGUGUCGCCGCUAUCGGAUUUCACGCCGGGCACACACUUUAAACCUGUUAUCGGAGAUGCAAUAGCAGAUCCUCUAAAAGUAAAACGCGUGAUACUCGUCUGUGGGAAACAUUACUAUGAAUUGCACAAAGAAAGGGUCAAGAGUAAAAUAGAAGACGUCGCCAUACUGCGAGUUGAGGCUUUAGCGCCCUUCCCUCUACAGGAGAUACAAGAACAACUGAACAAGUAUACUAACGCUAGAAAAUUCAUAUGGAGUCAAGAGGAGCACAAAAAUAUGGGCGGUUGGUCUUUUGUUAAACCGCGAUUCGAAAAUCUUAUCGGCAAGAAGCUACUCUACGCCGGUCGUAGUGAAGCAGCGACUCCCGCGGUGGGAACAUCGAAACUACAUCGAGCCGAGGUCGAGCACAUAUUGAGAGAACCACUAUACAACAUUAAA